AAAAGGAAGCCAUACAAUUGACCAGGCUAAUUCUGCAUUUAAGAAGAAACUCAAAGGUAUCAUCUAGUAGAAUACCCUAUCAAUCUUCAGAUAUAUUGAAAGAGGAAAAGAAAUGGCUUCAACCUCUGCUGCAUUGGUAAGUGGAUUGGGAUCUACAUUCUUGACUGGUGGCAACAAGAGCCAGGCCUUGUUAUCUGUCCUGGUUACUGCCAGAGUGGGCGGUGCUCUCGCUCCCAAGAGGUUCUUUGUGGUGGCUGCCGCCCCCAAGAAGUCAUGGAUCCCUGCUGUCAAAGGUGGCGGCAACUUCAUCGACCCUGAGUGGCUUGAUGGCUCGCUCCCUGGUGACUAUGGUUUCGACCCACUAGGCCUUGGAAAGGAUCCAGCAUUCUUGAAAUGGUACAGAGAAGCCGAGCUCAUCCAUGGCCGAUGGGCAAUGGCUGCAGUUGUGGGUAUCUUCGUUGGCCAGGCCUGGAGUGGUAUCCCUUGGUUUGAAGCCGGUGCAGCCCCUGGUGCAGUGGCACCUUUCUCUUUUGGCAGUCUGCUCGGGACUCAGCUUCUCCUUAUGGGAUGGGUUGAGAGCAAAAGAUGGGUCGAUUUCUUCAACCCCGAUUCCCAAUCUGUCGAAUGGGCUACUCCAUGGUCAAGAACAGCAGAAAAUUUCGCCAAUGCUACCAGUGAACAGGGCUACCCUGGUGGCAAAUUCUUUGAUCCAUUGGGCCUGGCCGGAACAUUGAAGGACGGGGUUUACAUUCCGGAUACAGAGAAGCUCGAGAGAUUGAAACUUGCGGAAAUCAAGCAUGCUAGAAUUGCCAUGUUGGCUAUGCUAAUUUUCUAUUUUGAGGCAGGGCAAGGGAAGACCCCCCUUGGUGCCCUUGGCUUAUAAGAAAUCUAAUUUGCAGUUGAUGUAUAAACAAAAUUUGAUGUAAAGAAAAUAUUCGCUCGAGCUGAAAAUAACUUGUCAAAUUAAGUAACUUA